UUUUUGUACGCGCUCGUAUACAGGCUUCUAUGAGGACCCUAAAGAUCACAAUAUGCGAAGGAUACAACCUCUAUCAAUUCAGUACUGAGGGGUACUUAGGCACGCUUGUCAUUUUGUCUGGAGGAUUGACAACCGAAAAAACCUCUGUAAAAAAAAAGGAAUCUGGCUAUUGCAUGUGGAAUGAAACGUUAGACGUACUUCAAAAAGGCACAAAACGUGUGAACAUAUCCAUCACAGUCUGGGAUAUCUACGAUAACAGAGAAGUGUGCACUGGUUACUGUAUCUUUCCGUCCAAGCCAAGUAUGGACAGUUCUAUUUUGACAUUAGAUUUGUCUUCUCGUCCAGGAAGGAACGACUACGCCCAAGGAAAGGUUACAUGUCGCAUUGUUCCGGGGGAUAAUAAAAUCAAACUAAAACCUGAAAAGGCUGACGAGAAGCAAGUUAAAUCUAGAAUCUCUGCUGCUAACUCAAAGCACUCCACAGAGCUAGACUUGACAGGAUGCAACCUAAAAGACAUACCAGCGAUCGCGCUAGAAAAACCGCGCUGGACCUAUCUUGAUAUCAGUUUCAAUUAUAUCAACGAUUGGCCCAAUUCGUUGACAACGCUCCGCGAAUCGCUCAGAGAAUUACUUAUUUCCAGCAAUGGGAUUACUGAAAUUGGGGCCAGUAUAGGCAAACUGACCAACCUGAAUUCAAUUUAUCUCAACGGAAACUGUAUUCGAGCACUUCCUCCAGAGAUAGAGAGUCUCACCUCUCUAGUCGUGCUGAGUUUAGAUAAUAACGGGCUCCAAAGUAUUCCACCACAAAUUGGCAGCCUAAAAUCUCUUGAAAUUCUGAAGCUAAGCUACAACCCUAUAUGUAAACUCCCGGUUGAGAUAGGCAUGUGCACCUCGCUGAUUCACAUCGAUAUGACCGGCAGCUCACUCGAAUCUUUGCCAGAGGAGUUUUAUCAGCUAAGAAAACUCACAAACGUCAACUUCAGCUUCAACAAACUAACCCAACUAUCUGAAUCCAUAUCUAACUUAGUUAAUCUGAACGUGGUCGACCUCUCACACAACAAAUUAACUGAUCUACCUUGUGGAAUAGGGAUAUGCCCUAUUGACACCUUGCUUUUAGACGCCAAUCCACUAACAAACGACGAGCUUGUCGCUGUAGCCGCGGAUCCUUAUAAAAUCAGAAUCUACCUUAGAAAACGAUACAAAGAGCAAAUCGAUGCACAAAAGGCCUCAUUAAAAGAAACUGAAUCUGAUUCGCAAAAUACCGUAGGAAAACCAACUGUAGAGCUAACUGCCAUAAAUAGCUCGGAUUACCUCACCAAUGACGAAAUAGUAGCAGACUUCCCAAAGUGGGCUACCGUAUUCAUGGAAUACUUAGAUGGGGCCAAGGAUGCUGUACUCAACGAGGAAUCGACCAAAAAUACGACCGAAAACCAAUCUUGGAAGCAAUUGUGUCAUUAUGGACAACGACUUUGCUCUGUCAUAAAAAAACGCUUAGCACAAAUAAAAAAAGACGUUAUGCUUGCAAAGUCUUUAGAAGAUUUAACCCAGAUGUCACCACCUCUGGAGCGCAUUGGCCAUAUAAUCAACGACUUCUUCUUUUAUUUCCCAAGCCAAUCUAGACUGCAUUCAGUCCAGCUGUUCCUACACGAAACCACGCUACAAAAACAAAAAAAGCUACACAUUUAUGUUCUUAAAGAACUCGACGUAGUCGUCAUGUCUAUGCUAAGUGCGGUUACACAAAAGUCCCCAAUACAAGAUCUCAAUACCAUGUUAGAGUUUGUCAAGGGCAUCCUCACCGAAUUGGUAAUCAUACCUGUAAAAGAUACUUCCAAAGAUGAUUAAUAAAAUGCACGUAUACACAGUUCUACAAAUCUCCAAA